GGGACGUGGUCGUGGGCGCGCAGCCAGCGGCUCCCUGCCCUUCCCCUCCGGGCCCUGAGUACCGGCCCCCCACCAAGGAGGAGCCCGAGGUCUCCGUCCCGGCGGCGAUGCUGCCCCGUCGGCCUCUGGCGUGGCCCGCGUGGCUGUUGCGGGGUGCUCCGGGAGCCGCGGGUUCUUGGGGUCGGCCGGUUGGCCCCCUGGCCCGCAGAGGCUGCUGCUCCGCCCCGGGGAUCCCCGAGGUGCCGCUGACCCGGGAGCGCUACCCCGUGCGGCGCUUGCCGUUCUCCACGGUGUCUAAGCAGGACCUGGCCGCCUUUGAGCGCAUCGUGCCCGGCGGGGUCAUCACGGACCCGGAAGCGCUGCAGGCUCCCAACGUGGACUGGUUGCGGACGCUGCGAGGCUGUAGCAAGGUGCUGCUGAGGCCACGGACGUCGGAGGAGGUGUCCCACAUCCUCAGGCACUGCCACGAGAGGAACCUGGCCGUGAACCCACAGGGGGGCAACACAGGCAUGGUGGGUGGCAGCGUCCCCGUCUUUGACGAGAUCAUCCUCUCCACUGCCCGCAUGAACCGGGUCCUCAGCUUCCACAGCGUGUCUGGAAUUCUGGUUUGCCAGGCGGGCUGCGUCCUGGAGGAGCUGAGCCGGUACGUGGAGGAACGGGACUUCAUCAUGCCGCUGGACUUAGGAGCCAAGGGCAGCUGCCACAUCGGGGGAAACGUGGCAACCAACGCCGGAGGCCUGCGGUUUCUUCGAUAUGGCUCACUGCAUGGGACUGUCCUGGGCCUGGAAGUGGUGCUGGCCGACGGCACUGUCCUGGACUGCCUGACCUCCCUGAGGAAGGACAACACGGGCUAUGACCUGAAGCAGCUGUUCAUCGGGUCGGAGGGCACUUUGGGGAUCAUCACCGCGGUGUCCAUCUUGUGUCCACCCAAGCCCAGGGCUGUGAACGUGGCUUUCCUCGUCACCUGUGUGCCGCCCGCCUGUGGUCCUGGGAGCCCGAGGCCAGCCCGGCUGCCGCAUCCUGCUCUUCGCACUCCAGGUCUCAGAUAGGAGUCACUCGCCUCUUCGUGCCACGCCCACAUCUAAGCGGUGUAGAACAGGCCCCUGUGAGGAUGGCCCUGGUGUCCCUCGUGCUCGUGGGCUCGAUCCAGCUCUCCAGGGCCCCGGUCAGCCCUGGCUCCUGCUCUCCUGCAGCUGGGGCGACUUCCGACGAGGCACUCUUGUCCCACUUCCUGGGGAUUCCUGCCCACUCUGAGCAAGAUGCCGAGUCCCCACCGCCAGACCCUCCAACACCACCACCACCUCCCACACCCCGGCCCUCUGCGCGUCUGCAGCCACGCCCCGACAUGGUGCUCGGGUCACAGGCCUUGAGGUGCUCCUGUGUCACCCAGUGCAGGCUGCCCAGGCUUUGCUGAGGUUCUGCAGACCUUCAGCACCUGCAAGGGGAUGCUGGGCGAGAUCCUGUCUGCAUUCGAGUUCAUGGAUGCUGUGUGCAUGCAGCUGGUCGGGCGCCAUCUCCACCUGGCCAGCCCGGUGCAAGAGAGUCCGUUUUACGUCCUCAUCGAGACUUCAGGCUCCAACGCAGGCCAUGACGCUGAGAAGCUGGGCCACUUCCUGGAGCACGUGCUGGGCUCCGGCCUGGUGACCGAUGGGACCAUGGCCACUGACCAGAGGAAAGUCAAGAUCUCCACAAUGGAAGUUCGAAGCAAGCAAAAGCCACGCGAACCACAGGCCGAUCUGUCUGAGCCCCAGGAUUUGGCCCGGUUCCGCUUCAGCCACCAGCACCGUCUGCUCCUCCUCAGAAUCCUUCCUCCCCCGUGGCCCGCCGGCCGUGUCCCUCCUCCCCCACGGCCCGCCUACCAUGUCCUUCCCUCCCCCGUGGCCCACCCACCAUGUCCUUCCCUCCCCCGUGGCCCACCCACCAUGUCCUUUCCUCCCCCGUGGCCCACCCACCAUGUCCUUUCCUCCCCCAUGGCCCACCCGCCAUGUCCCUGCCUCCCACCCGACAUGCCCCUUGAGCUGCCUGGGCCCUGCUGUCGUCCCCACUGCCUGUGUGACUCUGCGCCCCCUUCCCUACCCUGCCCCGCCGUGGUUCAGGGAGCGUCCAGGCCCAUCCUCAUCCUCAGGGCCUUCCCUGGCCCUUGCCACUCCGUGCCGUGUCAUGACCUGAAGCUGCAGGUGGGCGCCUCCCCCUUCCAUCAUGGCUGUCCCCCUUCUGUGAGGUGUCCCAGUCGCCUGAUUGCCGGAGUCCCAGGGUGCUCGGUGCUGUCGUGGAGCCUGGGACAUUCACUGUCUGGGAUCGAUUCCAGGAUGCUGUGGGCCCUGAGGGAAAGGAUCACAGAGGCGCUGAGCCGGGAUGGCUACGUGUACAAGUACGACCUCUCCCUCCCCGUGGAGCGGCUCUACGACAUCGUGACUGACCUGCGCGCCCGCCUCGGCCCGCACGCCAAGCACGUGGUGGGCUAUGGCCACCUUGGAGAUGGUAACCUGCACCUCAAUGUGACGGCGGAGGCCUUCAGCCCGUCGCUCCUGGCUGCCCUGGAGCCCCACGUGUACGAGUGGACGGCCGGGCAGCAGGGCAGCGUCAGCGCGGAGCACGGAGUGGGCUUCAGGAAGAGGGACGUCCUGGGUUACAGCAAGCCACCGGGGGCCCUGCAGCUCAUGCAGCAGCUCAAGGCCCUGCUGGACCCCAAGGGCAUCCUCAACCCCUACAAGACGCUGCCCAGCCAGGCCUGACGGCCACUCCCGCUGCUGCCAAGGCCCACUGGGGGUCAGCGGGUGGCUCUCGGGCGGGGGUGUUGCGGUGGCUCUGAGCGAUGAGCCGGCAGUGGGCAGGGGACCAGGCACCUGGUCGAAGGGACUGGGAGCCCGCACUGGGGAACUGCCGGACGCAGGCCCUCGGGCAGGAGCAUCUGGCAGAGUGGGGGGCGCGGCAGGCACCCUCCUUUGCAGGGCAAGGUGGGGCCUCUGCAGCCAUCCUGGACAGGCCGGGGUGGCGGCAGCUUUGCCCACGUGGAAGCGGGGUGGGUCUCACUUGCAUGGUGGUGGUCCCUGGCCCCAUCUUGCCUGCUGCAGUCUAGGGAGCAGGCACUGGGUGGUGUUUCUGCCUGUUUGCUGCUCGUUCCCCGGGCACGCGUGGGCAGCGGGGGGCAGCGGUGGGCAUGGGCAGGACCACGUGGGCCGUGAUCGUGGGUUGCCGAGAGGACCUGAGCGCUGCGGCUCUGCUGAAUGGAGCCGGGUCCCUCAGGCCGUGGACGCCCUCGGGAGGGGUGACUGUGGCUUGUGUCUGGACCUGAGUGACAGGAAUGUGUCAUUUCCCGCAUCUUCUAGAGGGCUGCCAGCUGGGAAGACAGUUAUCAGGGCAAGCUGUGCUCUGAGUUUCAGGUUCUGCUCCUACAAAGAACGUGCGGUGCUGCGGGCGAGGGCCCCGGCACGGACAAGGGUCACUGCAGAGUGUGUUUCUGCUCGUCAGCCACCCUGGGCAGCGGAUGGGCUGGGCGACGCAGCUGGACGCACAUCUCUUUCUGUCAUGAAUGUCCAGUAAAAAUCUGAAUUGGUUGCAA